AUGGGCGACGAGAAGUUUGAUUAUCAGGCCGUCCCCAUCCCCUCAUACGCAGAAGCCACCGGCCAACCCUCUUCAUCGCGAUCAGACCUCGGUGAUGGAACAGAUGUGGAACGAGAAGGUCUUCUCGGUCGCGAGAAUCGUCGCGAUGCCCCCCGCGGGUACCAUCCACCUACCGUGGAAUCCGCGCGCACCAGUCUCGAUGAUCUCGAAUCCGCCGCCUCCCACUCGGAUCGGGGGUCAACCGAAGAACUACGAAGAGAGUUAGACCAGAUGGAUGUGGAUGAUUCGGCGACCUCACUGACCGGACGACCCCCCCUACGACAUCGAUUCUCCAAGCAACUCUCCAGUCUAAGCCGUGCGCUGUCCACAAUACAACGUCCUUUCCAACGAUACAUGCCCAAUCUCCGCUUCACAAUAAACUUGGGGGACAUGAGGUCACGUCUGAGAGACCAGGGCUGUAUCAUGCUCUUACGGCUGUUUGCUCUCUUAUUGGUGGUUUCUUUAGUCUAUGUGUUUUUCAUCGCCGACAUCUUCAACAUCAACAGUCGCAUGGCCAUGGGGCAACAAUACAGUGCGGCAUCCGUUGAGAACUUCAUCCAGGGUCACAUCAACGAAACCAACAUCGCCGAGAAUUUGCGCCGAGUCACCAACUACACCCACGUUGCCGGCACAGAGGGUAGCUUUGCGCUAUCCCAACUGAUCGAGCAAGAGUUCCACAACGCAGGCUUUGACGAAGUCUCGCGAGAAGAGUUCCAGGUCUAUCUCAACUAUCCACGCCAGGAUGGGAGACGAGUGGCAAUCAUUGACCCACCUAAUUUGAGAUGGGAGGCCAAGCUCGAGGAAGACAACGCCAAAGACUUGAUUUUCCACGGACAUUCGAAAUCAGGAAACGUCACUGGACAUUUGGUGUAUGCCAAUUAUGGAUCCCGCGAAGACUUUAAGUUGCUCGCAGAGAAGGGAAUCGCACUUCAAGGUUCGAUCGCCUUGGUUCGUUACUACGGAACCGAGUCUGAUCGGGCUUUGAAGAUCAAGGCUGCCGAACUUGCCGGUGCAGCCGGCUGCAUCAUCUACUCCGACCCCGCCGAAGACGGAUUUGUCCGAGGCCCAGCCUUCCCUGAAGGCCGAUACAUGCCUAGUGAUGGCGUGCAAAGAGGCGGUGUCAGCAUGAUGUCGCAGGUGGUUGGAGAUGUCCUCUCCCCUGGGUGGGCAUCCACACCGGGAGAGAAACACCGUUUAUCUCCGACGGAAAGUCUUGGGUUGCCCAAGAUUCCCAGUCUUCCACUCGCCUGGCGUGACGCACAGCCGCUCUUGCAAGGCCUGAAAGGCCAUGGCUCCAAAGUACCUAAAGAGUGGGUGGGAGGUGUGCCUAAAGUCGACUGGUGGACUGGUGAUCAAAACUCCCCGAUUGUCCAUCUUAUGAAUCUGCAAGAUGAAGUAGAACGACAGCCGAUAUAUAACAUUCACGCCAGAAUUAUUGGUAUGGACGAGCGUGACAAAAAGAUCAUUGUUGGCAAUCACCGAGACUCAUGGUGCAUGGGAAGUGUCGACCCUGGAAGUGGCACUGCCGCAUUCCUGGAAGUUGUACGUGCCUUUGGCGAGCUGCUCACCUAUGGCUGGCGACCGAUCCGCACUAUCGAGUUUGUCAGCUGGGACGGCGAAGAAUACAAUUUGAUUGGUUCCACAGAACAUGUUGAGAAAGAGGUUGAUGACCUCCGCGCAAAUGCCUAUGCCUAUUUGAACGUCGAUGUCGGCGUGGCCGGGCCAGACUUCCGUGUAUCAGCGUCGCCUGUCUUUGAACGCACGGUGAUGCAGAUUUUGGGCCGUCUCUCAGACCCAUAUGCGAAUGCCACGUUGAAAGAUCUUUGGGAAAAGAAGGGUUCAAAGAUCGCACCACUUGGCGCAGGAAGUGAUUAUGUUGCGUUCCAGGAUAUUGCUGGCACAUCAAGCAUUGAUUUUGGAUUCGAAGGGCAGCCCUACCCCUAUCACAGCUGUUACGAGACCUACGACUGGAUGGUCCAGAACGUCGACCCCGAUUUCCAAUACCACAAGAUCUUGGCUCAGUUCUGGGGACUUCUCUUACUUGAUCUCUCAGAGAAUCUCAUGUUGCCGUUUGACAUGGAAGCCUACGGCAACUCUGUCGGCGGAUGGGUCAAAAAAUUGGACGCAUACGCCAAGUCAAAGAAUGCCAAGGUGGACAUGCAGCCUAUGUUCAACGCCUCCGCGGUAAUGAAGGCCAACACUGCUCAAUUCCAGGCAUGGAACAACAUAUGGCACGACACUGUGUGGGGAAUGGGAGGAUAUGAAAGCAAUGUUAUGGCAGUCCAACGAGUCAACCACAACGCUCGCAUGGCCGCAUUCGAAACCAACCUACUUGACCUGGCAGAAGGCGGAGGCAUUCCUAACCGCACACAAUUCCGCCACGUUAUCUUCGGCCCAGAGCUUUGGUCCGGUUACGAUUCCUCGCUUUUCCCUGCUAUUCGAGACAGCAUUGACACCGGGGACUGGAAGCUGGCCCAGCACUGGAUCGACCGCGUCGCCAACGUCAUCCACCAAGCCAGUGAGAAGCUUCUCCACUAA